AUGGACGACCACUACUGCCGCUAUGGCUUUCUUACAACCUAUGAAUAUACGUGGUUUGUCAAGCGUCAGGAUGAUACCCACUUCCUCAUGUCUCCACCUAUAAGCGCAACGGCGCAAUCGUCUACGUACGGCGUUUCUCUUCGCGAAUGUCUCUUCGCCACGGCAAUUAGAGCUGCGGACGACAAAGAAAGCGACUACGGUUUCCGAUGUGGACUGCAGUUGUUCGUCGAUACGCACCUUCUUUGA